AUGGCGCUAUCCCACCACGAUGAAAAGAAGAAUCCGCCGGAGAUCUUCCCAAGGGGAUCGAAGGUGGAUUCCCGAUCUGGGCUACGUGUGAAAACUGUUUUUUCAAAAAAAACCCCAGACGGUUCCCGGGUUUAUUCAGAAGGUCGAAAAGCAGAAUUUGCACAGCGGGGAGAAAAAGCCCGGAAGGCUCUUUGCCUUCGUUCCUCGCCCGCCCUUCGGGAGACGGCCCGGGGCUCCGCAGACCGGCCUCCGCUUCUGGCCCCCCGCAGCUCCCCCGCAGUCUCGGGCGGUUCCUUCCACUCGGGGAGGCGGGCCGCGGCACGGCCGCUCAGUCGCACCGGGGGCGCCCACUCGGCCGCCCGUAAAGCCCGCCCCGGCUUGGGUGCUGAAGCCCCGCCGGGAAGGAAACGCGCGCCGGGACGGCCUCGGGGAGGGUGGCGGGCACGGAGCGCUCCUUCCCACGGCAACCUCCACACGCACACACCCCGGCACGACCUCCAGCGCUGGACGCCUCGGGGCGGCGGGCAAGCGGGGAGGCGCCCUCGGCCAAGGGAGGAGCGGAGCCCGGACGGCCAGCGGGCUUCUCCGGCCUCGCCCCGGGUUCCCGGCUGCGGGUCCCCCGCGCGGAGGGCGCUGCUCGCUCCUGCCCGGGCGCCUGGCGCAAUUCGGGCUGGGGGUCCGGGAGCCCAGAGCCCGUCUGGCUUCGGCGACUGGCGGGGGCGCGGAAAGAGCGAGGGGGGCGGCGGCUGCUCGGGGCCCGACGGGCUCUUGGGGGGCGCCGGGUCCGCGCUGGGCGCCGGGCAGGAGUCCGGCGUCCGGAUGGCGGUGAAGGCCUGCCGCCUGGAGCUGAGCGCCCAGCAGCAGGAGCGCUGGCGCCACGAGCUGCAGAUCCUGCACGGCUUGGAUCACCCGAAUGUGGUGAGGGCCCUGGACCUGCCGGAGGAGCUGGACUUCCUGGUGAACGCCGUGCCCCUCCUGGCCAUGGAGUACUGCUCCAGAGGAGACCUCAGGAAGCUGCUGAAUGCGCCUGAGAACUGCUGUGGUCUUAAGGAAAGCCAGAUCCUUUCUGUGCUGAGUGACAUUGGCUCUGGCAUCCAGUAUUUACAUGAAAACAGAAUAAUUCAUAGAGAUCUUAAACCAGAAAAUAUUGUCCUUCAGGAGGAAGCCGGGAAGGUAAUCUACAAGAUCAUAGACCUCGGAUACGCCAAGGAUCUGGAUCAAGGAAGCUUAUGCACGUCUUUCGUGGGGACCUUGCAGUACCUGGCCCCUGAACUCUUUGACAACAGCCCUUACUCCAUGACUGUGGACUUCUGGAGCUUUGGGACGCUGAUCUUCGAGUGCAUUACGGGCUUCAGGCCCUUCCUGCACAACCAGCAGCCUUUCAUCUGCCGUUGA